AGCUCCUCGAGAGUAUAUAUAAACGCCUACGACGAUCCGCUCUCAAACCACACAAGCUCCUCGCCCAGAAAGAAGAGGCCAGAGACCCAGAGAGCCACGAUGCAGUCUUCACUAGUCGAGAGCCUGUUCGCUGGAGACCCCUUCUUUGAGCGCUCCAGAAUUCUGUGGCCCCUCUACCACGGGCCCCUCAGCGACAUGCGCGAGGACUUCAUCCAGAGGAGGAGCGCCCUGGCGGACAGCUUCCUGAAGGAGAUCAGCGGCGUCUUCCCUUACGACUUCCUGAAGGGCGGCGCCUUCGCCUCCUCCCGGCUGGCCGGGCGCCGCGGCGACGUCGGCGAGGCCCGGAGGCCCAGCUCGGAGGGGAACCUGGAGCUGUCCCUGGACGUCCGGGAGUUCUCCCCGGAGGACAUCACGGUGAAGCUGGCAGGGCGGCAGCUGGCCGUCGUGGCCGCCAGCAAGAGCGAGGAGGCGCCCGCCAACCGCAAGGGCUUCGUCCAGAAGAUCGGCCUGCCCGACAACGUGGACCCGUCCGCCAUCACCUGCUCCCUGACCGCGGACGGGCUGCUCAAGAUCGAGGCGCCGGCGGUACAGAGGGGGGCCUCAGAGGAGCGCACCGUCCCCAUCCGAUUCCGGACCUCCCUCAACUUCCCCAUCAAUAACACCAACAAGGAGGACGGCCAGGACGUCCCGGAGAAAAACAACUGAGGAAGGACUGAUCUCUUUUAUUUUUGUAAUAUAGAGCGCUGUUUUGUUAUUGACUCUGUGGGUUCGUUUGUUGCAAAAUUUUUAUGUUUAUUUAUUAAACUGAAUUUCAUUUGCA